AUGGCAUCACGACGACGUUCACGUAGAUUGGCAUCACAAGAACCGGAGCCUUUCAGUGCAUGUUCAUCAACUGAUGUAUUGGAAGUUGGCGAUGAUGAACAGGGCAAACGAACAGAGGAAAUGAAGAUGGAGACUUCACAGAAACAGGGACAGAAAGACUCAAGUUCUCAAAGUUCGCCAGUUGCUUUACGAACGCGAUCACGAUCGCGUUGCUCCAGUAUGGAAUCAAAUGAUGCGGGCAUUAUUGGGGAUAUCCAGAAAGCAGUCAGUAUUAUAUUAACUCCAAAGAAGAAUUCAACGACUCCAGUGAAAUCGUGCCGAAAAAGGACUUCACUGAUGCCCCAAUUAGAAGAGAUCGUUGAAGAGCAACCAAAAUGCAGAGACGAAGAUAGUAAUGAAGAGAGAUUAAUGGAAAGGAAAACAGAAACGAAAAAAGUGCUGAAAAAGAAAGAAAAGCUAUCGGAAGAUGAGAGAGCGCGUGUCGAAGUGGGUAAGGAAAGCUCUGCAAAGAGAUCUAAUAAGAAGGGUAUUUUCGCACAAGAUGUGGCUGUUGAAAAAGAGUCGGUAAAAACGCAGGGAGGAAUUAUAGAAAACUCAUGGAGUAAGUCAAAGGGAAGCCCAAAUGAAUCAUGUGUAAAAGGUUCGGAGAAAUCAUUGACAAGGAAUACAAGAAAAUCGCGUACAGACAAUUCAGAUCAUUUUCUGCAAGACGGUAUGAAGAUUUCCCCUGCAAAAAAUUCAGAAACUUCAUUGGCAAGGAUUCGGAGAAAAUCAUCGGUAAUGAUUUCAAAAGAAUCCUCGGCGGAAAAGAAUCCAGAAGAAAUGCUGACGAACAAUUCAUCAAAUACUACUGAUUAUUUGGAACAGGAAGCUAAAGUCGUCACUGAGACGAAUUUAGACGAGGGCAGUUUGAAUAUAUGGCCAAAAUUGGAUGACCUAUUAUCGUUGUGGUUGAGGCGUAGUGAACAAAAUAUACUGGUCGAUAAUAUUAAGAAGGCUUACGCGUUUGUGAACGAAGUAGACACAGCAGUGCUGACGAUAUCGCAGGAACUGAUUACAACUAAUAGCGAGAUGAUUUGGCAGCAAAUAGCCUAUGGCAACAAAAAAUUCCAUCGAUAUUUUGCAAAAACUAAGCAUUUCUUGGAUGUUGAGAUACCUACAAAUAAGGAACCUGCAGAGGAACAAGACGAUGCACUUUCUCCAGCUACUAUACCGAAAUUUCAAGACGAAAGUUCUGAUGGCAGUGAAGAAGACAGCACUGACCUCUUUAACCUUACAGAAGAUGAAGUUAAGAGACUUGGUAAGGAUCUCGAUGGUAGUAAAAUUAGUAAACAUGAUGAUGACAACUACAAUAAUGUGUCAAAUAGCGAAGAUGAUGGCGUUUCUAAAGUUUCUGACAGGGUGACCAAAAAGCGUUGGAAGAGUGCAAUUGAUGAUCAUUUCUUCUCAUUGGCGGAGAUGGAAGAGUAUUUGGAUAAACAAGAAAAAGGCCAGGCUCAUCGAGAUGAAAAUUUUUUCGAACAGUUCGAUGAGGAUGGUGAUGAUUUACAAAAUUCACAGACUGAUUAUCAUUAUACCGAUUUUUAUGAGAGCACGAAUGGUGUUGCAGAAGCGAAUGGCACGAAAGCUCUUUCGACGAAGUUGAAAAAAUCGAAAACGGUUUCUGGUAAAGUGGACAAUCAUGCGGAGAAAAAAGUUACAUUUGCUGAUGAGAUCACUGAUGACGUGGAUUAUAAGAGUGACGAUGAUGAUAGUGGUGGAGAUGGACAAGAAACAACGGUCCUUCUUGGUCAGGUGGACGAAGAAGAGGAUAAUGAAACUGAAUUUCAGCAUCAACAGAAGAAACUCCAAGAACGAAUCGCUUCAAUAGAGCAAGCCAAUUUAGCUCCAAGGAGUUGGGAUUUGAGUGGUGAAGUGACAGCUAUCGAAAGGGGAGAAAACACGAUGUUGGAAAAACAUCUCGAUUUCGAUCAAUCUGCACCACGCGCGCCAGUUAUUACGGUUGAUACAACUGCUCAGCUAGAAGCGAAGAUAGUCCAACGAAUCAAGGAUAGAGUGUUUGAUGAUGUGUUGAGGACAGAACGUAAACCGGGAGCAAAUUCAGCGUAUCGGGCACCAGUUGCUGAAUCAGAACUUGUGAAAAAGUCUCUUGCGGAAGUUUACGAAGAGCAGUACCAGAAAACCCAAUAUGGAGUAGGGAAUGAGGAAAAGACGAAUGAAAAACACGAAGAAAUCAAAAAGCUGAUGUCAGACUUAUUCCAGAAAUUAAAUGCUCUGAGCCAUUAUCGUUAUAUUCCAUCUGAAGUCCGCCCGGAAGUGCGCAUCAUAAGUAACAUGCCUUCCCUUCAGAAGGAGGAAGUAGGACCUUUAGCAUCUACCGACGCUGUACUUUUAGCUCCGGAAGAAAUUCACAAGCAUGUUAGUGGUCCGAUCAAAGGGGACGAUGAGAAAACAAAAACAGAUCGGUCUCGCUUGCAUCGCAAAAAAAAGAAGUGGCAACACAUCAGACAGUUUAAAAUACAAGAAGCGGAGCUUACGAGCACGAAAAAUGAAGUACCUGCUAAAAAAUCGAAAUUAACAUCGCAGUACGAUAGCAAAAAGGGUAAUAUGAAGUUGACAUCAACUUCGUUUUUCCAACACCUGCAAACCAAAGCUACAGAGGAGGUUAAAGGUAAGAAGAACAAGGUCACGGAAAUGGGUACAACAAAGAAAAAAUUAAGUACAAAUUACAAACUCUGA